GCCGCCGAAGCCGAAAAUGAAUCACGUUGUGUGAUCAAAUGAAAUGAAUUCAGUUCGUUUCAAGUCGUGUGUCGCGAAGGGUGCGGAUUUGCUCCUAGAAUAUUUAUUCUCUGUUUUGUUUUUUCCUCUGUUAUUUUUUGUUUAAUUUGGGUUCGGUGCAUCAUGUAUUUUUGUUUGUUUUAUUCGUUUUUGUAAAACAAAGUGCCAGUUGAAAUUAGGGGACAUGCCUCAACCUACGGACCUUCCUUUAUCUCAGCACUGUUUGGCCAGAGCUCUAUACGACAAUGUUCCAGAUUCUCCAGACGAGCUGGAAUUUCGGAAAGGCGAUACUCUGGUAGUUUUGGAACAGAAUACAGCUAAUAUAGAAGGAUGGUGGUUGUGUUCUUUACGUGGAAGACAGGGUAUUUGUCCAGCAAACCGAUUGAGACUAAUACCGGGAGUCUUCGAGAGUUCCCAACCUCAAUCCAGAGUCUGUUCGCCGCAAUUUUUCGAUAACCAUGGCGAACUCAGCUAUUUACAAAAACAAGGAAAACGGAGAAGCUGGCAGCUGCACCCAAAUCAGGUGAUUACUCCAAAAAAGUUCAACGACGUGUACCUUUAUGACAUGCCACCAUCAAGAUGUUCCCCUAUACCAGUAUCCGGCCUCAGUCCCCGUGACCAUCAUCAAAUCAUCACCAGCAGCGAUUGCUACGACGUCCCACCAAGAGCCGUCCCAGUGGGUAACGAAAACUUUCGAAAUUGCCCCCGAUGUUCGCCGGCACCGUCGUGCGUUUCCCCGAUAAGUCGAGAAUCGGGCGAAGCUUACGACAUCCCUAGGUCCUUGCAUACUAACCCCCAAUUAACGCCGUCGAGUUCGGCCAGUUCCCUGACGGCCGAUUCGUUGAGUUCGUCAAAUAGAAGCAGUUUAGCCAACAUGCCUGAUUACGAUGUUCCUAGACCGUUAAAUCGCGCCGGACCUCAAUUGGUUUUAGUUCCUCCUUCUCACCAUCAAACUUACGACAUCCCAGUCUCUCAGCAGCAAUUGAAAGAAUUGCCUUUAGAGUUGAAUUCUGCCCUGGAAAAUUUAGAGAGAUUAGAGACUGAUACUUUGAGUGCAAUUUCAAAAUUACUAGGCUUUGUUGGUCCUAGUUGGCGAACCCGAGAAAAACUGGAAAAUACUAGAAUGGAAAUAAAACUGGCUGUUACUAGACUAAGGACAAGCCUUCACGAUCUUGCGGAAUUCGGAGAAGGAUCUUUGGGAAACGCAGCUAAGGCUUCUGAUAAAAAUUUAGUUGUAAAAUUAGCCCCGUUAGUUCAAGCUUUAAGAAAAUCUGACAAAUUAGUUCAAGCUGCAUCUGAAAUUAUUGACAAACAUCAUUGGGCUUUAAAUUUUCUUGUAAGUGAAGAAAAAUCUUGUAAACUGGAUGAAUUGGAGCAGCUGGUAGCUUGUGCUAGAGCUUUAACAGAAGACGUCAGACAAAUAGCUUCAUUCAUCCAAGGUAAUAGUACAUUAUUAUUUAAAAAAGAAAUAGAAUGGACUAGUGAAGAAUAUGACUAUGUAAGCUUAGAUUCAAAAGAAAACAUUUCGAAGCAACACGCUCAAAUCAGGAACGAUUUACCAACAAAAGAACUGAAAUCAAAUUACGAUAAUUGUGUUAAGCAUGCUGAUGAUGUCGCCUUCGAUAAUGCUUUACCACACGAUGACAAGCAAUUAUUAACAUUCUUUGCCGCUCAAGUAGUAACUCACCAUCUAAAUCUCACACAAGCUAUCGAUGCUUUUUUGCAAACAGUCGAACACAAUCAACCACCGAGAAUAUUUUUGGCCCACGGUAAAUUUGUGGUUUUAAGCGCUCACAAAUUGGUGCAUAUUGGCGAUACCGUUCACAGAAACAUUUCUUGUAAAGAAAUUAAAGAAAGAGCCUUGAGUUGUGCCAAUGCCCUAUCGGAUGCUUUGGCCACGAGUGUAAACAAGACAAAACAAGCCGCUCUACAAUUUCCUUUGGUUAGCGCCGUUCAGGAAAUGGUAGAUUCUAUUGUCGAUAUUUCGCAUUUGGCCAAAGAUCUGAAAGUUUGUCUUGUACAAGCCGCAAAUCCUUUAUAAAUAAAAAAUGUAUCAUCGAAAAGGCUUUGGAACAUCUUUGGGAUGAUUGACAAUUAUUUAAAAAAAAAACUAGGUACCUACCAAAUGAUUUGUCUGGAUUUUUAGCGGUUUUCUAUGGUAAGCAACAAUGUAUCUAAAAUAAUAUUUCAACAACUGAAUUGUUUAGUAGGUAUGUUAUAAGUUUGGGCUUUGGGAACAAACCAGAUAAAUUCUAAAUUGAAGUUUUUCUGAUACGUGAUUGGGUUUAGGCGGACAUGAAACAUUUACCGAGUUCAACCAAAGAAAACUAUAAAAAAAUUACAAAGUUUUGAUUAAUUUGAAGUAUUCAGGACUACAGUUUCUUUGUUUCAGUCUCUGAGACCUUCAUCAAAUUCAUCACAAAAGUUUGCCAAGCUCCAGACACAUGAAAUUAGAAAAAUUCCAAAAUAAUCUGAAAAUGAAAAGAAUACUUGGAGUAUAGGUUUUCACAGACAUUCAUUGGACAAUUUGACAAGUAUAAAAUCAAUUACAUUUUCUCAUAAAUGGGGACACAAAAACCUAAUUUAGGAUAAACCUCAUUUUUCGGAAAUAAAAGGAACAUACAAAAAUUUAGAGUGCAUAAAAAAUCUAUAAGUUAGAACCCAAACAAAAAAAAUAGUUCUAGGUAUACCAAUACUCAAUUUUCGAAAUUUUGACUAUGUAAAACAGAAAAAUCUUUGCUUUCAUUUAACAACUUUGCCACACUGGCUCAAACCGAAUUUUCCUACUGGAACCGGUACUUUUUGGAAUUCCAAAGUAAACUCUAGAAAAUCACUAUAAGACAAAAACUAAUAUGAGAUCAGGCUACAUAUUUCAGUUUGUCAAUAGCAGUAAUUUGGUGACAUAAAUAUAUUAAUCAGAUUUUCUAAUAUUUCGAAAACAAAAACCAGACAAAUCGAAAUUCUCCAUAGCCUUUUCCGAUAAGACAAAUAUUAUUUUUAUAAAUUUAGUUGCAUAUACCAAUGUUUUAUACUUUCAUACAGUAGUUUUUGCCUUCCAUAUCCUGUAGUUUUUAGAAUGUGUAAAAAUAUAUGUUUAGUAUGAUGCAAAAGUAGGGAAUUUUCAAGGAUAUGUAUGACAAAAAAACAAUUAUUUUCAUCAUUUUGCCAAUUUGGAGACUGAAACAUUAUAACCUACUUAUUUAAUAUUGUCAAUUUUGCAACUUAGUAUAUAUUUUUUUUUUUAUUAUUAAAGCUUUAUUACUUUUAUUAGUUUCUUGUAAAUUUUUAUUAUCUUUUAGUUUGUGUUAUAUUUAUUUCAUAUUAUCAUUAAUUACGUAUAAUCUUUAAUAAAAAAAUAUGAUUUUUUUAAAUUUUAUUUUGUUUUGAUUUUUUGUGUUUUGAUUAAUUUUGUUGCAUAAAAUAUGAGGCAAAAAAUAAAUUUGUAAAUAGAGAAAUACAUAUACAAACAAAGACAAGGUGAGUAAAAGGCUUUCAUGGCCAAUGAAAAUGCUUCUAAGAUAAUUGAUUAGGGGUAAAAUAUGUGGCAAAUUAAAAGAGUUUAACACGUUGAAGGACAGAGACGCAAAUCAGCAUCAUUUCCUGAAAUUAUGAUGUGACACAACGCUGAUAUGCAUCUUCAGAUUGAUGGUUGAAAAUGACACGACGCCGUUCAGCGUUUGUAUCUAAUUUAAUGUGAAUCCAAUCGCCAGUGUCACAAUACGUUCAAAUAUUAGUGCCGUAGUGUCACACAUUUAAAAUUAUAUUUCCAGUCCCCUCCAUUUUAUAGAAACAGUCAGCUUCUGCAUAAAUUGGUAUCUUACAGAAAUGUUCACUAUCCUUCAACGUGUUAAAAAAUCGGAAUCUUAAUCCAAAAUUGGCCAAAAAUCUACAAAAAAAAAAACCUUGACGGACAUAAUUGAUUCUGCAAAGAAGCGGUCCUCUAUUAUUAAAAAAAAAGACAUCUUGAGUGAACAAAAAACGCACAAAAAGUAACGAAUGAAAAACAAAAAUACUGAGUUACUGUUAGUUUAUAGGUACCUACAUUUUCUAGUACAGGAAAGGUUAAGUAGUGAGUAGGAAAAUUGUCCUAAAAGAUAUAGACUCUUAGGAAUAAAAUACAUCAAUAACAACAAAACAAAUUUCAGUCAUUAUGUUAAUUGAUAUUGAAUAUAAUAAAACUUAAUUUAUUGAAGUCUUCCAACAUUGACAAUUUUCAUAUUCUCUUAUAAAUGUGGAAUAUAAAUAAUUAUUUAAACAUAGGAUUUACUUUCUAAGUACCCACCUAAUAUAUGUUGUGGUUUUUGAGGAAAAGCUACCAAUAAAAAAGAAAAAAAAUAGUUUAUAAUUCAACAUUAACAGUGCUGACAAUCCAUGACCUAUCAUAUAAAAAAAAUAAUUUACCUACAUACAUUUCCAAAAAAAAUACAUACCUACCAAAAUUACCCCUGAAAGAUAGGUUUUUCAAUUUCUUCUUCAACUAUACUUAUUACUUCUUGAAAAAGUAUUCUAUUACUGUCUGGUAGAGGUGUGAAUAAACUCUUAGGUACUUACAAUUCUAUCAAAAAUAGAUGAUUCGUUUUUUGGUUUUUCAAAAUUGCUAGAUUCUAUCUGAUCCGGCAGUCAGCCACUAAUAAGGCUCCGAAAUUGAUACUCGUUUCUAUUCUAUCCUCGCCUGGGGUGUGAUAUACAAUUAAACUAAGUAUGAACGACAACCAUACAAAAUCAUAUUAUAUUUAAACCAACACCAAUUGGUAUGUAUUUAUAUUGACAUAUACAUAAUCAAUAACCAGUAAUUUCUGACCAUUAUUGAUAGCUUGUCAAGAUUUGAUCAAGCCUCUUCUGUAAGUACAGAAACAGCUGUAGAGAUAACAUCACAGUUGUUGGAAUAUUUAAGUGAUCAUGGAAUGCCUCAAAAAAUCACCUCAGAUAAUGGAGCAGAGUUCAAAAAUGCUAUAAUGACAGAUCUUUGUAUAUUAUACAAAAUUGAGUUUCAUCACACAACGCCAAGAAAUCCAAACUCGAAUAGUCCAAUUGAAAGAUUCCAUUCGACACAACGUGACUUAUUGUGCCCCCCUGAAGUUUUUAUAUCAGGUCCACUCCCUUAGUAAAACCUAGGAUCUCUGAUAUUCGCUUUCGCGAUUUCCUUUGGUAAGUAUCGGAUCUUGUGUCUCAAAGUGCCGCUGUCUUUGCCAUCUAAAGUUAGGACAUUGGCAUAGUACAUGUAGAGAUGUUUCAUCUUCCUCUACAUACCUUUCGCACAGUGAGUCUUUUGCUAGCUUCAUUGUGUUUAGGUGUUUUCUGAGAGGGCAGUGUCCUGUCAACAAUCCAACCACAUCUCUCAAUUGUCUCCUGCUUAAGCUAGAUAGUUCUUCUGUUCUUAGAUGGUCCUUCCAUCCAGAGUUUUCUCAACUGUUCCCCCAGUUUACCUCUUACAUGCUGAUAUGAUGUACCACAUGUUGGCAGGGGUUCACUUGGGGUUAUCUCUGAUCCUUUUCUUGCGAGAAGAUCAGUUUUUUUCAUUCCCUUCAAUACAUGCGUGUCCUGGCAUCCAUUCAAGGAUCAUCUUGUAGUGUUUUGCCAGUUCAGCCACAAUUUUUCGGCAGUGUUCCACUGUUUUGGACGUGGUGCUUAGCAGAUUAGGAACUUUCUCUCUCAAGAUGAUUUCCGCGCAUGCUGUUAUCGCAACCAUUUCAGCCUGCAUGAUGGUACCUAUAUCCAUUGAGCCCAGGUUUAGACUGUACGUCUUCCCUAUGUUCUCGCUAUAGAUUCCCACGCCUGUGCUGAUGUGCGUUUUUGAUCCGUCUGUAUACCAGACAGAUUCAUGGAGGUUUGCGUAUCUUCCCAUUUCCACAGGCUUUGCCCCUAUCAGGUAUAUGUACCUACCAAGGGGGUGUGCGCCAAAAAUUAAAGUUCUAGUGUAAAAAAAUCUAAGAAUAACUGUUCAAACCUCGUUAUUCUACGAUAAACCAUCGCUGAGAUAUACAGCUUUAAAGUAUGUGUGACGUCACGAGAGCUUCGUCCAGCCACGCUCCGCAUUGUUCAUUUGUUUAUUCCCGACACGGGUCAGUCGUUUUUGUUCAGAUUAUUGCAAGUAACACAGGAAAAACAUAUAUGAAUUCGAUGCACUUCACUAUUUCGUGCGUCGCUUGAGCGCUCGUGACGUCAUAGGGUGGGAUACGGUACCUUCAUAGAGACAUAUCUUCGGUAUUAUUUGUCAUAGAGGGGUGCGGUUUUCACUGUUGUUCUAAGAUUUUUUUUCUCUUUUUUUUGAGAUAAAGUUGUUUUUUUUUGGCGCACACCCCCUUCAAGGGGUUUUGAGAACUCAUAGGAGACAGGUAUUCUGUCUGAGGUCAUGCUUAGCAUCGAAUUUUCUUGUAUUUUUUUGAAAAUGGUCGAAUGGUAUCCUGGAAGAACUUGGUCUGAUUCGUUAUUGAUGUCAUAGAGUGACGCCUCCUCAGAGAGGCGACACUCGUUUACUUAAACUUAAACUUAAAUUUAAAUAUGGAAAUUACAAGAUACCAUAUCAAAUUUAAACUUGAAAGGUGGGGCCUCAAGAACUGCACAAUAGGGGUGCAUACAACCUACUUUAUAUACCAAAUUAAAGGUACUUUCAUGCUCUACAAAAAAGUAGUAUUACUAUUAUUUCAUGAAAUCAAUAGUUUGGCUGUUAGUCGAGUGCCUUGUCAACCCACUUGUUAAAACGUUAACAGUAAGGCUAACACUAAGUAGGCUCCAAAAUUGACACUCGUUUACUUAAACUUAAACAUUGAAAUUACGAGGAUACCAUAUCAAAUUUAAACUUGAAAAGUGGAGCAUCAAGAAUUACACAACAGGGGUGCAUACAACCUACCUUACGUACCAAAUUAAUGAGAACUUUAUGCUCUACAAAAAAGAGUAAGGCUAACAGUACAUAACCUACGUUAGGGUUACUCUUACUCUUUACCCACAAAACUCUCGAUUCUGAAUUCAUAGACAAAAUACACACCCAUCGAUUGAAACCCAGUUAGCAGUUGUCAAUGUUAAAUAUUAAACUACCAAAAAAAUCUGAAUCUUAAAAUUCAUAAUUUAGAGUGAAAUCUAACAAUAAAUAGUUUAGAAAUAGUUAGUGUUUUUAAUAGUUAUUUGGUGCAGCAUGAAUCACAAACAAAAGGAUGACAACUCGGAAACCUAGUUUGUGAUUUUCGCUAAAACUGACUUAUUUAGUUACCAAAAAGAUACGGCUUUAUUCGUGGAUGUAUUAAUAGUCUUUAGCUUUUAAAUCUUACACGCUAAGUACCCUACUUACUGAGACGCACGCGGUAUUUAAUAAUUAAAAAUAAAAUAUAUACUUACGUAGUUGUUUGGUAUUCCUAAAAUACUCAGGAAUAAAAACUUUUUUAAGUUAAUUAUAAUCCGGUUGGAUAUGGAAACGUCUUUGUUGAGGGUUCAAAUCGAAAAACAUAUCAUUAGAAUAGAGAACAAACAACAAAAAAUUAAAUACAAAAACAUGGUACAAAAAAAAAACCAUAACCAAAACGAACAUAAGAACUUGAUAAAACCAAAAAUGCAAUACAUAAUAAUUGUUCGAAGAUACAAAAUUAAGGGAACAUAUAAGCAUAAGAAAGUAAAAGACCAAAUAUUAAACUAACUAUAAACAUUCAAAAAGCCAAGAAAAAGAUCAAAAACCUAACGAAAACAUAUAAAAAUUAUAAAACUAAUAAAAUUAUUACAAUUACAAUUUGACAAUCAUGCACUUUCUUCAUUAGAAAAACAAAUUGUUAAAAUCCCGACAUAGAAAGUCUAGGUACCAAAAACAAAUACGUAAAACUACCUCUUCGUAUUGGGUACUCUCCUCAAAGCAAAAAUAACUCGGAAAAUUUCAUUAAAUAAUUAACAAAAGCUACUUUCGCAUAAUGCGUGUGAAAUUAAACAUUACCUUACUCGACAUACUUCAUUAUAAACAUCUCUUCUAAGAUUUCAGUAGAACUAUAAAAUAAGUUUGAGAUGUAUUGAUAGAAAUGGAUACACUAAUUCAGACUCAAAGAUAAAAAUUCAUGAGUAUCUUUACUAAAAGGACCUUUCCUUAUCCAACUCGGUCAAAAAGUAUCAGGUAAUAAAUUCAGGGCUAGCUGUAAUCGCCUAUUUUUUAUUUUCAACUUCAGUUUGUCGUGGUUUUGUCUCACCAGAUGCUGUGACCCGUUCGAUGAUGUGCGGAUUUUUAAAUUAUUAUCUAGCAUAGGACCUAUGUGUAUUGAAAACGUAUCACUAAACGUCAUUAUUCAGGUAGACAAGGCAUACUUUCCACGUAAGUCCUCUUAGUACGAUUUCCAUCAACUUCUCGAAAGUAGCAGGGGCGUUACAGAGUCCCAAAGGCAUUACCUUGAAUUGGUAAAGAUCACUUCCAAUGCAAACAUUUAAAAAAUUGAUACCCACAAAACUAUUAGAGAAGAUAAAUACUAAAUAUGUAUGUAGAUUUUUGAAACAACACAUUCAGUGUAAUAUAUACUAUUAACUAAAUAUAUGUUAGGGCAAACAUUUAAAUAAAGCUUUUCCAUCAUUUUAAAAAUCAAAAAUCAAAAUUAGAUUAAGAAAUUACUAUAGGGCAAAAUGUAUCUCGAAUAAAUAUAAACUAGUGCUGUGCUUCUAUUGCACAUAGUUUUUUGACCAUUCCUUCGUAGUCUUUUAAAAAUUAUUAUCAUUAAACGUAAAUAGAUUAGUGUUAGUUGAAAAUUUGCGAUAUGUAAAUGAGUUUAGCACAUAGAUAAUGUAAUAUAUUUUAUUUUAUCUUAAUUGUAAAAAAGUAAAAAUUGAUUUACAUUGCAAUGUAUAAUUACAUAUAUAGGAGUGUUUAUUUGAUAACUAACUAUACCUAAGUAGGUAUUGGGUCUUUCAAUUUUUUCCUUUAAAUGAUUUUCGCAUCAGGAUAAUGGGGAGGGUAAAUUUUCAAAUAAACAAACUUGUAUUAAUAAUUUUGACCAAUGUCGACCAAAACAAAAAAAAGUAAUAAUUAUGUAGAAGUUCAUUAAUCUGUAGCACGAAAUUUUAGGCAUUUAAAUUAAGGUUCCUAUUAUUAAAUUAAGUUAAGGCUUUGUAUCUUCCAAAAUGUGUCUUUAUACCAUUGUUAGAAUGUCGGUUUAAAAAAACCGUGCGAAUUUCGAGGUUUAUUCGAUUUCUCUUCAAAUUUUCAAAUAAUUUAAUUCAGCUCAACACAAUUUGUGUAGACUGACAAUUCACUACUCAGAAAUUGAAUAAGAUUUUGGUCGGCAACUACCUAGGUAUAUCAGCUUGAGCAUUGACUACUUCAAAACUCCAAGAGAUUUUGACUGAAAAAAAAAAACCAGAAAUGAGUACCUAAAUGUCAAAAAGGAUUCGCAAAUUCAUUCACUUCAUAAUGAAGGAGGAGAGCUUUGAUAACUAUACUCAGAAACUUAAAGAAAAUUCGUUUGAAAAACCCAAAACGAGUAAAUUUCAUAGGUAAAAAAAUAAGUAUUUAUAGUGAAACAAAAAUAAAUUAAUUCAGAAACUGAAAGCGAUACCGUUUAAAAUAUCAAAAAACGAGUAAAUUGCAUACAUAAAAACGUAAAAGUUUUUAAAUUUUUCAAGGAAAAAAAUGUAUUCACUUUGAGGAUCCACUAUAGCCCAAGAAAUUUAUGGGUUUUUUCAGGGCUGAUUGGAGACUGUGUCUUGAGUAUUGAGCCGAAAAAUCACACUCGAAAGCCUUGUGAGUUCGGCCCUAUUGGCCAUUUUCUUAUUUAUUUUUUUUUCGACAAAAUGACCUUAACAAAACUUGUAGAUAAUUACAUUUUGAUCAACUUUGCCUUAUGCCUUUUUUUGCUAGCUAUUUUAGUUUAGGCGUUGCGGCCAUUUUAGUGCUUUAGAAUUCGCAAAAAAAUUAAAUAGCAAACUUGCAGAUUAUUGUACAUAAUAACAUUCUCUAUUACUUCGCUUGAUGAUAUUUUAUCGACAUCUUAUUUUUUUCGCUUGUACGGCCUUUCAGGCAUCUGCAAAAUGUGUUUUUUCCCUAAAAAGGUGCUAGUGGUCCAAGUAUGGAUUUUCAGAUCUUGCUGGCCGUUGGAUGGGACCAAUGCAAGCUCAUAUACAUAAAUAGCUGCGUAGGCCAUGUUUAUGUUGAAGCUGUGAUAAAAGCUAUGAGAGCGUCGGUAAUAGCGGUGGUAAAAACUAUUCAAAAGUAGCCGCGAGAUAUAUUGUGGUGUCUCCUAUCUGUCCUUAGAGUGCGUUCUCUAGGCCCUUCUUUUUAAUAGACUCCAGAGCAAGGAUAUUGGCCACUCCAUCUAGCUUGCCGGAUUGGGCUUUACCUCUCCUUUUUUUUUAAAAAAAUUAGUGAUUCUGAUGAAGAAUUUUUACUAUUAUCUCCAAACACUGCAAAAUGGUAUAUUGAAAACCACUUUCGUAAAAAACGUAAAUACUGUGCACAUCCCAUUACAAACUCUAUGCAUGGCACAAUAUCCGCUGUGCAUGCCACAAAAGUCAAAUAAAAUUUUUCAAAUGUCUAAAAGGCCGUACAAGCGAAAGAAAUAAAGUUACAAUAAAAUAUCAUCAAGCAAAGAAAUAGAGAAUUUUAUUAUGUAUAAUAAUCUGCAGGUUUGCUAUUUAAUUUUUUUGCGAAUUCUGAAGCACUAAAAUGGCCGCAGUGCCUAAAGUAAAAUAGCUAGCAAAAAAAGUCAUGAGGCAAAGUUGAUCAGAAUGUAAUUAUCUACAAGUUUUGUUGAGGUCAUUUUGUCGAAAAAAAAUAAAUAAGAAAAAUACUAAUAGGGCCGAACGCACAAGGCUUUCGAGUGUGAUUUUUUGGCUCAAUACUCAGGACACGGGCCCCAAUCAGCCCUAGAAAAAUCAGCCUGCCCUCGCAAAAUUUUUUGCGACCCAGGGCUAAUAUUUCUUGUGAAUUUAAUCGAUUGAGGCAGAUACAAAACUGAUCAUACUUCUAAUAAGGCUUUCAAUAAGGAAUAUUUCCCUUUUUAGAUGAGUAACACCAAUAUCGAAUUAUUGCUUUCUUAAGAAAUGUCCCAUUAAAUAUUUUAUCAUAUAUGUAUUCAGAUGUUCAAAACAAGCCCUUGCCAAGAGUGGUAGCAAUAUUUCUCCGUUAUCAACUUAUUAAUUUUCUUCUUUUUCAUUCACUGAUUCUUUUUAACCUCUAAAAUUAUAAAGACAUAAGAUAGGUUUGAAUGAUUUUCCAACUUGAUAGUUCUUUAUCCUUACCUCAGUUGUUGAUUAGGCCUUCAUGAUUUGGCAAUGUUCUUAUUACUUUAUCAUUAUGAAUUGAAUUUGAAACGAUAACAUGACUAAAUUAAACCGACUUAUCAGUAAGUAACCCCGCUGUGUACCAAGCAUGAAAAAUUUCUGGGUGGUUCUGCAGUUCCCUUCUGUUCAACCAUUCGUUUUAUCAAUGAUAAACAUAUAAAUAUGUCGAGAUUUAUAAUACAGUGUUGUGUAUGAAUUUUUCUCGUGAAAAUUUGCAAAGUUUCACUUUCAUCACACAAUAAAUCUAAAAUAUUGAUGUAAGAAUUAUUCCUUAACUCAGACGAGGUAUGUCGUUCUAAUUCUCAGCGGAAUUUCGUUCGAAAAACCCCUCUAAAAUCUCUAGUAAAUAAUUCCCAUUCAAUAUUCCUUUCUAUUCAAAAACAAAAAAUAUAUUAAAUCUAUACAUUGACCUUGAAAUUAUCUAUACAAUUAUAUCGCAUUAUUUGGCUAUUCGUUAUCAUUAAAUAAGCCGAUUUCUUAAUACAAACUUAAAUUAAAUAGAAAAACAUAAAAACGAUUCGCUUCCAAUAUCAUAAGGUCUGUUUCUGCAGAAAUCACAAACCAGUCAGAGUGAAUUUCAUUGGUUGAAACUAGUUUUGUGAUUGUUUUCAACCAAUGAAAUUUGCUUGAUUUCUGCAGAAACAGAUCUUUAAUAAAAUAAUGAUAGAAACAAGAAAAGUUAAAUCCAUGCUAGAUAAAAAAUAUAAAAAUUCCCACGGAAAAGCGCUCUCUGAGUAAGUCUUAUUAGCGAAUAAGUAAAAAUAUUCUAAAGCACAAAAAAAAAAUGGCUAAAAAAAAAAUAAACAAAAACGAUACGCACAAAAUGAUUGCCCAUCAGAUUAAAAUAAUGUAAAUCAGACUUUAGUAAAACCAAAGAUUCGGGCACUAUAAUAAAAAUAAAUGUCUUUAGGUUUAGUGUCAAGCAAUAAAACCUUUAUCAUCACUCAUCCUUUCUGAUGAUAAAGGUAAGUCCCAUUAAUUUAAUAAUUUAAGUGUAAUAUCCAAAAUGGUGCAAAUGUAAAAUAAAUAAAUAAACAAAGACAAAACAUUGAAAAAACGCCCGAAACCUUGCCGAAACAUAUAAUACAAAACAAAAAUUUAAAUUAAUAAGAAGUGUGUUUUAUUUUAUAAUAAUUAUUAUCUAUUCAUCUAUUGAAGACAAAACCAUGAAAACUUAUUUGCUUCUUAUUAAUUUAAAAUAAUCUAUUAUCUUAUAGGAAUAUGAAUGUUUACUAAUAAUUCUAAUAUAUAAUAAGUAAAACUUAACCUUUCCUGUGUAAUCUAAAUUUACGUUAAUAAUAAUUAUUAUUAAUAUAGGAUAAAUUUGACUGAAUGUGAUUUAUAAUUUGGGAGAAGAUAUUAUAGUGUAUUUGAGUUACAAUUUUGAAAAAAAUUGUGUCUGAAAUACAGUAUAAAAAGAAUAUUGGGUGUAUAAAAAGAGGCUAUUUUGUAUUUUUCUUAUCCUUCAUAAAUACAAAAUUAUGUUUUUGGCAAUAAUAAUUAUAUUUUCAAAUGUUAGUAGAAGAUAACUGAUGUGAGAUUUACAGCUUUUUUGGACUCUAAAAGUUUAAAUCUAGAGCCAACAUUUCGUAUCAUGCUCAAAAUUAGAAAUACAAAGUACAAAUCAAGCACAUACUGAUACAAAGCAAAAAUUAAUACAAAUAAACAUACAAAAAAGCUAUAAAUCAAGCAUCAUUUGAAAUUCACCUGGACAAAAACAACUACUUACCACAUAAAAGAUAAGUCUCUUUUGUUUCACCAUUAUACUGUACAGAAUGGCGUAUCUAUGACAUUGUUUGAAAAUUUGGCGCACAAUUAAUUGUGGGACUUACCACACAUCCCAACAAACACAAGUACGUCUUUAGUACGUCCAU